AUGGCCGUGUGCAUCGACAACUGGAGCCUCUUCGAGCGCGAGCCAUCCUCCUCCGGACGACCGACGCCUUACUUGCUCGGACCGGUGGUGGGCGCGGUCACCGAGACGACAGCGAGGGUGCUAGUCGAAGUCGCCACAACAAUGGUGGUCACGAUGGAGGCCUUCAUGGACGGCGCCAGCGUCUGCAACGUGUCCCAGGAGGUCAGGGCUAAGACGCCCACCGUGUUCAAGCUCAACCACUUCCUGCCGGCAAAGCGCGUCCGCGUGACUGUGAACGUGGGGGAGUUCGGGCAGGAGCGCGAGGCGCAAUUCACGACCACGUCCGACAAGAGCCAGUGGAAGAUUGCCUCCGUGAGCUGCAACUGCUUCAAGUUUGUGGAGAAAGUCGCCUUGUGGGACCGGCUGGCACGGGUGGCGGGAGACCUGGACUGCGUGCUUCACCUCGGUGACCAGAUCUACGCAGACACCGAUUUCGGUGCCAAGAAAGCGGGGGGCGUGGGUUUCGAGUCCGCGUGGGAAUCGUGCCUGCUGAUUCUGGAGCCUCUGGCGAGAUCGGACUGGGACAGCAAGCGGGAGGACCUCCUGGAGUGCUACCGGAAGACCUACCGCACGACUUGGAACAUGCCUGCCGUAGCCACCGUGCUCGCGAGCGCCGCCAACUACAUGAUCUGCGACGACCACGAGUUCGUUGACAACCUCGGAGACAACCCCGAGCACUCGGACACGUCUACGGUGGAGUUCUACGUUGCCAAGGUGGGCUACCAGGCCUACUGCGAGUACCAGAUGCAGCUCCUGCGGGAUGUCGACGUGCAAGACACGCGGGUGAAGCCGUUCUACGCUUGGAAGCUCAGCCCCAAGGUCGGCUUCUUCAUGACGGACAACAGGAUCGAGCGCACCCUUCACCGGCAAGAUCGGCCCGACGCGGAGUGGGUGGACCGCGAGUUCAUGGGGCCGGACCAGUGGGACCGAAUAAAAGAGGCCUUCAGCGCCGACUUCGCCGAGUGCCAGACGGUCUUUUUCGGGACACCGACCCCUCUCGUCUUCAUCAGCCAGUCGGCGACGGGAGUGGCGGAAAAGGUGAUCGUCGAUGCCAAGGGCACAUGGGGAAACAAGGAUUUCAUCUCCGAGCAGAAGGCGGCGCUGUCUCUCCUCAACAGCUGGCAGCUCGCGAGGCCCAACCGCGCCGCCAUCACGCUCGGAGGUGACCUCCACCUAGGGGGCUUCACCGACUCAUGGCACGACGAAUCGGACGUGCCGCUUCACCAGAUGACCGCGUCGGCGAUCGGCAACAUGCCGGAGAAGGACCUAGACGCCGUGAAGGAGAUGGUCAUCCGUGGCGUCAUGCACGCCGACGAGAACCUCUUCGCCUUCAAGGUUAAGCACCAUGAGUGGAUCUACGGCCCCAACUACGGCAUGGUGGACUUGCUCCUCCCCAAGGGCAGCAACCGCCCAGACAUCACUCUGACUCUCGUGCCGCACGUGGGAGAUCCCAAGAUCCGGAACCUCGAGCUCGGGAGCGCCGACGUCGAGGUCAAGAAGGCCGGUCAAUCGGCCGCGUCUCGAUCGGCCCACGUCACCGCCAAGAUCAUGGCGGUGCCCCCCCUGGGGCCCGACGGACAGCCGCAGGCCCCGGCCGCGGGGGGGUGCAAGUGCGCAUGCACGGUCUCCUAG